AUGAUAGCACAAGCUGCUACGCGGCAUCAGCCGUCUCCGUUCUCUCAUCCAAACCGCGGGCGUAAAUACGCACCGAAUCCACCGCAUAUACCGGAGUCUGUCUACCCUGUGAGUUCCAUCCAUCCCUUAUCUGGUCAUCAUAUAUCCCGAUGCUCUUCGUCCGAGUCGACCAUAUCUUCACUCGCAUCAGACAUGCCUUAUUUUUCUGAUUUCAAUAUCGAACAUCCAAUGCCACAGACAUGGCAACUCUCGUCAAUAACACCCAUGGCAUGUGAGACCCAGCCCAUAGAUUCAGGCAUACUUCAAAAAACCAAUGAACCCGACAAAGACCCAAUGAAAAGUCAAGCGCAGGAGCUUGGUGUUCUUGGUGGCCCUGUUUGUUUUGAUUCAAUGAAAUUUACCAUAAUUGAAGACCAACCACAAAGUUCCAUAUCCCCAACGAGCUCGAACUCUCGACACACGACAUGGCCUUCCAGCGCCAAAAAUUUCUGGCAAUGUCCCAUGGCUCAACAUGAGCGUGCUCGACGUGGACAAAGCGAUGAAACCGAGUCGUCUCUCGGGUCAGUACGUCCGCCGUCUCUCCCUCUCGAAGAGCAGUUUCCCGAUGGCUUCGUUUCAUGGGAUCCAGCAGACCCUGGAAGGUCUGACAAGAUCCGUGAAAAAGUCCCCCGUAACAAGGCCGAAAUCCAGCAACAGAAAGAAGAUAUCGCUGCCCUUAAGAAAGCUGGUGGCUCGUGUAUGGCUUGCUAUCGAGCCAAGAAGAAAUGUGGAACCACUACACCAUGCUCUCCAUGCUCUUCUAAGGGCAAUCGAAUCUGCUUUCGAAGCUGGGGAGACCUGUGCCUGCUUGGGCCACCUACGGGAAACUCCCUUACGAUCCUUGGCUUCCCAUCCCAAGAAGCGAAAGAUAACCUGCAACGUAUGAGUGAGGAAGUUUUCAAACGCAUGAAUGCAUUCAACGCAGUUUUCAAUAUCCGCGAAACAUAUGGCGGAGACUGCACUGCAUGGCAUUGGACAGCAAAGAGGUCCAGCAUCACACUAUCGAGUAAAGCAGAGUGCCCCGUCCAUGAUUUCCUUGCUGGCGUUACCAGCGUCCUUCCCCUCGUGGAUCUGGUCAAAUUCAAAGAUCAACACAAACCGAAUACGCUCGUUUGGUAUGCACUCAAGAUUGCCAAAUUGUUCAUGGCCAUUCAAGGCUUGGCGCGAGCUCGAAUCCGUACGUCCUGGUUCGAAAUCAGCACCGGGCGACUCGUCUCGUUCUAUAUCUUGAUCCUGUCUUUUCGAAAGCUCGCGGAAAUGUCUCAGGAGUUUUGCCCUGGUUUGUACGUGGCCCUGUGUGGAAAGGACAAGCAGAACAACAAAAAGAGGCCACGCAAAGAAAGUGAGAUCCAUCCCGCUUGGGUUGCCGCUGCAUUGUAUUAUCGAGUUGUGUGUGGUCUGCAAGGUCUCCAAACCAACCCGGUCGUUGCGAGGAUAUUUGGCUCCUCUAGCUACCACCUGGGUGGUGUUCGCGAAAAACUUGAAUAUAUCCUACGCAAUGUAUCCCCCCGACACGGGGCUACCGGUAAAUCUUCCAGUCGAGCGAUUCUUGAGGACGGAAUUCCCAACUUCCCGUCAUCUCCCGAUGUCGAUAUAGCGUUCUGGCUGGGAGUGCCCGAUGACCCCGAGCAAAUGCAGUCUGCUUUGAGCCGGCACGAGAGUCCAUUUUCGCCGCCAGCCACCGAAAUGCAAGUAUUCUUGGCUGACCAUCUCCCUCGGCCUUGGCAUGAGGCGAAUCAUGUUGAGCAGCACAAUGAGCACUCGCAAUCGGUGACUUCUCAGGAUACAGUGAUUUCUCAGGAACAUAAUACCUUUGAGAAUAUGACCUGUAUCGAUCAAAUUGAGAUCAUUGGCUCGAAUAGUCUAUUAACCUUGUUCGGCACCGAUAGCAUUGAUGCAUUCAAUCCAAUGGCUGCGACCUUUGUUGAUACAAUGCCACUCGAUACAAUGCCAUUCAAUGACAAUUUCUCGCAAUCCCUAUACAAUUGUUGA